AUGUACCAACAACGAACCACGGAACGACAUCUGAAUGGUGUCAGCAAAAACAUCUCCGAAAAAGUACCGCGGCCCCGUUCUGGCGUUAGCGGUGUUAUCAAGACUCUGUACGCCAAGAGGAAAAAGAUGGGAAUUGAUUUUUUUGACAAAGGUGGAAGGCGACAAGGUGAGCUACAUGAAUUACUGAGUAUCGUUACGAGAAGGUUGGGAAGGUCACCAGUAUGA